AGCCAACAUCUUAGCCGCCAUCUUGUAGGGGUGUCUCAACGGUAAACAUAGGGAGGAGGAGAAGGGGCCGACUUGGUGUCGAAACAUGGACGAGUCAAUGAUGGAAACUUACAAGGAAAUUGCACACCGAUGGACAGAUGAUGAAACACGAACAUUUAUUCACUUGCGGGCUCUGAAUGAUCAUCUUUUUACAGGCAAGAGGAACGCUGCCAAACACGGAUGGGAAACUGUAUUGAUACAACUAGGUCUGCAGGAUAAAGUCUCGAUCACACAAGCAGGGAAAAAGUGGGAAAAUAUGAAGAAAAAAUAUAAGGAAAUGAAAAAUCUGGCCACAGUUUCUGGGACAGAAUCCUUAGAAACCACAGCUGCAAUGUGGCGGUGGUACUUCGAAAUGGACGAUGCGUUUGGGAGUAAAGAUUCGAUUAGCCCAUCAGUCCUGUAUGCAUCCUCCAGCAUGGAUCAGCCAAGUGCAAGCCCCUUGUCUCCAGCCAGCAUGUCCUCUGCUUGUCUCAAUUCCAGCGGGACACCGGAGAGGUGUACCAGCACUGAAAUCCUAGACUUGUUAAAAGAACACGUUACAAAAGAGGAGCACUGUAGCCAUGCUGAGAACGGAUCAGAGGCUGUUGUUACUCCACAAGACUAUGCACAUUGCAGUCAACUUGAGUUGAAAAACAUUGAGGAAUCAAUCGCGGGCACCGUCAAGGAAGCUGCACACAAAUGGACUGAUGGUGAAACCAGAAUAUUUAUCCACUUGCGAGUUCAGAAUGAUCAUCUUUUUACAGGCAAGAAGAAUGCUGCCAAACACGGAUGGGAAACUAUAUUGAAAGAGCUUGGGCUGCUGGACAAAGUCUCAUUUGCACAGGCAGCUAAAAAGUGGGAAAAUCUGAAGAAAAGAUAUAAGGAAUUGAGCAACACGACUAUAGGUUUUGAGUCAGAAUCCAAGCAAAACACAGCAGCUACAUGGCGCUGGUACUUUGACAUGGAUGAAGCAUUCGGGAAUAAAACUUUAAUCUCCCCACCAGUCCUGAUAGCUUCAUCCACUAUGGAGCAGCCGACUCCCCCGUCUCCCAGCAGCGCUGCCUCCUCUUCCUCAGCUUGUCACAGCUCCAGCCCCGAACUUCCCAGGCGGACGCCAAAGAAGAGGAGGAGAUCCAGCAACGAAAUCCUGGACUUUUUGAAAGAGCAAGCGGAAAAAGAAGACAAGCGGGAGGCAGAGGCACAGAAACGUGUUGAUCGGUUCUUGGAACUGUUUACAAAAUUAAUAGAUAAGAUGUAAUAGCCAUUAAUAUGACUAGGAAGCUGAGGGGAGUACAGAAACAGUCACAGCAACGGUAAUGCACCUGACAUGUGCCCUUUAAAUACUCCACAGCGUUCCCUAUACUAAACACUGGCUCAGUAAAUCGUGUAAUAUACAACCUGUUGGUGAUUUUUUUUUUUUUUUUUUUUUUAAUAAGCCGUUGAGAUUCAUUAAGAAUGGACCAUUUUGCUCUACAGGAAUAUUAUGGAGGCUCCUGUACGUGUGUAUAUGUGACACUAUCUAAAGAACUGCUUAUACAAUAAUGAUAAAACUUGGCACUACAAGUUCUUAAAACGUCUGUCUGUUUGUCCAUGCUUGUGUUACACUUUUUAGCCGUAUCUUGAGGUACAAAUGUAUGAACAUUCCUUGGCACAAUCAGAAGCUACAUUUGCACAAGUUUGGGCCUUGAUUUGGAUAAUGAAGACAUGCAUUUUAGGAACUGCAUGGCCAUUUGUCAUUGUUUUGAAUAUCUUAAAGCUAUGUCCAGGAAUAUGUUCAAGUGUUUGUUUCAUUUUCAUUUGUGUAUAUUUGAAAAAUUACUGUAUUUAAAGUCAACUUUGUAAAUCUUUGUUUUUGUUCAUGUUUUUACACAGCCAACUAAAACAGUUUAUUUUUUGUAUUUUGAGAAUUCUGUAAUUUAUUUAUAACAAGUAUCUGUUGUUAUGGACAAAAUAACAUUGAGAACAAACAAG